AUGUUGGUGAGAGAUAUCCUAUUUGAGAAUUGGGAUACCGAAGCCAAAGAUUCAGAAAUUUGUCAAAUUGGAUUCUCCCCUGGCGUGUUUUUUGGCAGAACCUUUUACUGCGAUAAUGAUGUAAGCCCUGUCCUUCAGAUAUUCGAUGAAGCAGUUGGUUCGAAGGAAAGUACUCUGCUAUUUCUUAACAAUGAUAUUCUUAUGGCAGUGUGGAAAUCAAUAUCCCUCCAUUCUACCUCUCGUAUUUCUGAUCAGCAUUGGAUUCCCACGUUUAAGAGUUUCUACAACCAUCCAUCUAUAGUCAUCUUUACCUAUGACAAUUUGCAACACUUGGUUAAACUAUCAAUAACACCGGCACUUGGAGAUGACCCGUUCAUACCCUUAUUUUUUGAGAAGUUUACCUCGGAUAAUUUUGAGUACAGCGAUAAAUACACUAAAUUAAUUGCUAGCUUAAGACCAAUAUUUGAUUCAGAAAAUAAUGAAGAUCAUGCUAAUUUUAUGAGUUUUACGGAGACUCUGGGGAGGAAAACGCCACUUUCUGACCUAGUAAAAAUAAUCUCGAUAUGUAUUAUCUCUAAAACUAUAUCUUACUAUAACAAAUACCACACCAGUGACGAAUGGUCAAAAUUAUUAAUUUCAGAAUCUUUUAUGAAAAAGAUGGUAUGCCUAAAAUUGCAACCUCCCCCAGAACUGGGGGUUAUCCCAUCAAAGUCCAGGUUAAUAAAAAGGGGUGUAGUUUGUUACAAGGGUCAUGAUUUACACAUGAUGGCAUGUUACAUCCUUGGCUCGGACCAGGGGAAACUCACAUCGCUUGUUGUGCAGGAACCCUGGCAAAUUGAAACCCUAGCAGGGGCCCUACAUUUGCGGCUACGCCAAUACCUCCUAGGAAAUUUGUAUAACAAUGGCUCUACAGCAUCUGAAUCAACUUACAACAUAAGCUUGGUGUCAAAUGGUACUAAGCAGUGUAGAGAUGCAUUAGAUGAGCUAUUGCAGGAGCUAAUAGUCCAUGAAUUCAAAGUGAAAGCUGGAAUUGUGAAGAAUGAUGAUGAUUCCAUUAUCCUAGGCAAUAAGUUUUCCAGCAUAAAUAUUAUGAUAGAGACCAUUAUCAAUAUACAUUUGAAAGUACAGAAAUCUGUAAAUUCUGAGGGAUCUGAACUUUCAUUUAAUUCAUUAGCUGAUGUAUACCACUCGAUACUCGAAAAUGCCCCAGAUGCAUACAAAGAGGACCGACUUUUUAUGGCUUUGGUUGAUGAUUUUCUUACACAUACACUCUCUUCAUCAAUGCAUAAAUUGCUGAAGGAGUCCAAAGUGGAACUGAUUAGGAAGCUAGCCGAAAUGUAUCCUAAACACUAUUGUAAGGCAAAUAUAGCGAUUGAUAUUUACAAUCGUAUUAGAAAUUUGAGUGGAAGAGAAUUUUUGAUAACUGCAGAUGAUCAAUUUCCCAUAACAGAAUUCAAUGAAAUACAGAUACAAGAAAUGUGCGUAAUACACCCAGAAGAAUUCUCAUCCAGGUUCUACAUUCUCUUAGGAGCGGCGCUCAGUAAAGCAACUCUAUCAAACUAUAAGAAAUAUAUCAAAAGGUAUUGCCAUUUAUCAGCGCUUGAAAAGACACUCAACAUGUUACGCCUCUUUGGGCUGGACUACACACUAGAACGGCAAGGGGUAACUGUUAAGAAGCAUCAUUUGGCCAGACUUGAGUCUAGGCGCGCACAACUGCUUAAAUCUAAGCCAUUAAUUGUAUAUAUACAAACUAGAUGGAGAGGAAUGCGUGAUAUUAUUUUCCUAAAAUUAUUGAAAUAUGGAGCUGUUCGAAUUCAAAGCAUUAUACGUCGGGAAUUAUUUUGCAAGACUACUGCAAAAGCCAAGGAUAUGGCAAAUAACUUUAUAGGACUUGUUGCCACCCUUGUAGCAAUACGUAACGGAUUUGUACCGAGCAAACCCACGUUGCAAAUGGUUCGAAAAAUGGAAUUGAGAUUCCAGGCCCAGGAAUUACAAUUGCUGCGCAUUGCUGCCGCUACUUUCAUACAGUCAUAUUGGCGUAUGUUUAGGGUUAGAAGAGAGAGGGAGAUGCUUGAAAAAAAUAACAUAAUUGCUUUUUCUGAGGUUCUAAUCAAGGAUCUAGUCAAAUCUUUAUUAGCAAGGGACAAUUUGUGUAAACAAAAAUUUGAAAAUGAAGUUUAUAUCGCAGUCAAUACCAUCCAAUCUGCCUACAGAGGUUACGUGGUGAGGAAAAAAUAUAUGCUUUUACGUGGGCUAGCAAUUGCAAUACCAAGCAUCAUAAGGAAGGGGUCUAGAUUACAAACUUUAAGUUUCAGACUUAGACAAACACGCAAUAAGGAAAUGCGAGAUUUGAUAUCGCUGGAAAUGCAAUUACCUCCAAAUUUUACCAAGGUACAAAAUCUCUUUCGCAUGUAUUACAUCCGCAAGCAAUAUAAGUUGUUACGCUCUCAUUUACAAUUGGCACAUGCGUUUGCCAUGACAAAAAUUGCAAGGCUUAAAUAUGAAAAGAUGCGCAGUGCCACUAUUAGGAUACAAAGGUUCUUUAGGUCCAUAAGACUAGUUCAGCAAUUAAACAUACACCCUGUGAAGACUUUAUCCAGAAAAAUAGAUUUGGAUGAGCGUUCCAGUCGUAAUUUGAAUUUGGGCAGAUUUAAAAUUAUAUAUUAUAGAACCAAUUACAGAAAGAGUUGGUACAGCGGUGGCUGGGGCCUACCGCUAUUUCGGAUACUUUCCUACAUUGAAAAAAUCGGCGCCAAUGGUGAUUUAACAGGAUCAUUGGCAAUAGGCCGAGGGCAUUCGCUUUUCCUGGCCAAAUUUGGACAAUCAACGAUGCUGUUUACCUGGGGAUCUAAUGAACGUGGGCAGUUGGGCCGUCCAGGGUUGGAUGAUACUGCAAAUAUCACUAGCGAUCCUAUUGGUAUUACUAAUAAUAUGAAUCCAAGCGCUGCUGUAAAUUCUAUUGCUGGUAAUUUGUUCCAACCCAUUUUUAAGGUUGGAAUAAAGUCUGUUUACGCCGGAAAUGAAUUCAGCUGCUGCCUGGAUGAGCGUGGUGCUGUCUAUACAUGGGGGGAUAACAGAUUCGGACAGUGUGGACAUGGACACCGAUUAAUUACAAUUCCAACACCCACAUAUCUAAUUGAUGGGGUGGAUAAAUUUGUAGUUGGAAGCAGCCAUUGCUACGCAAGAAGUAUGCAUGUCGAUUAUAUGUGGGGAUCUGGUAGUUGCAUUGGGUUUAAUCCUGAAAAUUGGUAUGUGCCCACUCGAAUAGAUAAUUACUUGGGGGGAUCAAUUGAACUGAUUUCCCUGGGGGAGGGUGAAAAUGGCGCAACGCUUUACAGCGCGCCAAACAUAAUGUAUUUAUGGGAUAACAAGAAGGUAUUUAUUGAGGCAGUAGAAUUUGACACAGAAGUCACUAUAAAGGCAUUGUAUAUUAGCAGAAAUCUUAAGUGCAUACAUGUGGAACGACUUGUGCCAUUUUCACAACCUGAACGAAAACAAGAAUUCAUUCCAAAGUCUAGACAACCCUUCACGGAUAUAGAAUUCCUCAGUCCCAUAGAUUCAGUUUCUAACAAUAAACUAAUACGCUCACCCACCUUUGGAGACAGCGCAAAUGACCCUAGUUCUGAAACUAUAGUCUAUAAGUCAGUGCCCAGCGGCUAUUGCAUCGAGGUAUGGGUAAUGGGAAUGAUCAGAACUGAUGAGGAAGCCAAGCGCGAGACAUAUACGACAGAAAAUAGAGGAGUUUCCACAGAUGUAUAUACACUUAAGAAUUACAGUAGGCCUGUUAGGGUCAACUUUGGUGAUAUUAGAAUCACAAAUGUAUUUGCGGAUAAGUAUAUGAUCGUAGUAUCAUGCGAUAAUGGGAAGAAGAUAUUUGCGGCGGAUUGUUUUAGUCCAAUAGGUGAUGUUUUGAUGCCAAGCAUAUAUCAAUUUAUCCAACUGAGGGAUUCUAGCGUUGAGAGGGACUUUGAGUUGGUUACUAACUUCCUGAGUGCAACCAUAAUUUAUGGCAAUAAGUUAUAA